AUGAUCAGGACGAAAUUCCCCAGCGAGUAUAAGGCUGCUGAGACCAAGGCGAACAAGUCAGGUGUGGAAAUGAUUCAGCAGCCGGUCUUCCGAGAAUUUGCCGUCGACGCGCAGGUCCACUUUGGCCUAGGUGAGCCCUGCUACCAGCUGGGUUACCAGAAGCGCUGCCUUGGAGGUCGGUUCAACCAAGGGCACAUGCCGAUGAACGCCAUGGCGCUCGUGAUGUUCGGCGAGUUCUGUUGGGUUCGUCGAAUCUUGUGGUGGGAGCCGCUGGUUCCGCCGACGUCGCCUUCAUGUAGGGGUGCGGCCCCGCGCCUGUGCGGCCCAGCGACUUGGCGAUCCAUGGUCGCCUUGGAGGAGGUUGGUCCGGCUGCCGACUUCGGAUCCUUGAGCGCAUUUCUGGGCGUGGGCGUGCCGAGCGUUCCGGGCGUGCCGGUCGCCGAGCGUGGAGCCCACCUUAAGGCGCCACUGCCGCUGCCCACGCCCACUGCAACAUCCGCCAGGAUUGGCAAGGAUGGUACCCUCAGCAAGAAGGUUGCCUUCAGGAUGCUGAAGCAGCUCGGAUGCGAAGUGCUCUCCGACGAGGACGGCGAGGCCCGGUACGUGCAGGUGGGCAUCAAAUCUCAGCCGGUGCUCUUCAAGAUGCUGGUGGAGCUGGGCCACGUGCCUCGCCGAGGGGAAGAUGGCGAAUUCAUGGUUCAAGUGGUCGAGCAACGCGGUCGAAAGCCGGAGGAAGUUGUGGCGGCCCUGUCGGCACCCCGGAAGCCGCCUCGGGCUCCUCGGCAGGAGCCCGAAGACGAAGGCUACCCUUCCAUGCCUCGUCCUCGCCUGAAGCCGGAGGAUGCGCAGCUUCUCGUCAACCGUCUCUACAAGGUGCCAAGAAGGCCUCCGGCAGAAGUGAAGGCGGAUGCUGCGAAGCCACGGCGGACUGCGGCGGAGCAGCGCGCCUACCUCGACCGCUUGGUGAAGCCUCGGGCGGAGGAGACGCAGUUGGCUCCAGAGCUGGACGAAGUGAUCGUGGAAGCGGGCAGGCGGCUCCUGAAGAACGGGAUCACUUGGCCGAGCUUCUCCAGUCCCUCCGAAAGCCGAGCAAAGAAGGCACAGAGCCGCACGAGGCUGGCGCAGGCCGGAGCUUUGGCCAUCUCGAGCACCGAGCCGAAGGAGGACCUUCGAGGGCCGCGUGACUCCCUUCACUCCCGCUUGCGCCUGCCGCGCUCCCGGCCUUCCUCUGCGGAGCUCCGACGCCGCGACUCCGCCGCCGCCGCGACUCCGCUCCAGCCGCUGGCACUGAAGGCACUAGACUCACUAGAAAGUGCUCCGCCAAAGAGCCCCGCACCGGAGAGUCCUCCGCCAGCGCCUGCUGAGCAGGAGGUCUCGGCGGAAGGCCUGGAGCAGGAAGAGACGCCGAGGCCGGAAGCUCCGGAAGCGCAAGCUCGGGAAGCGCCGGAAGCGGAGACGGCGAAGGAGGAGAUGCUUGAGGAAGAGCCCGAGGUGGUCUUGGAGGAGUCCAUGGACCUCGAGGCUGUGGUCGAGUCCACCGGCGCUUGGCUGGAGCGGCUCCUGGGUCCCGCGAAGUUUGGGAUCGACCAGAAGCGGUCCUGCAAAGAACAGCAAAGGCGGCUCGAAGAGUUGGCAAAGCCGCGUCAGGUGAAGGAGCCCGGGCCCGAGCCCGCCGCCAAGCCCACCAGGCCGAGGUCUCCUCGCUCGCAGAGAGAGGCGUGCAAGAGGCUGGCGCAGCCUCGCAAGCCCAAGGCGGAAGAGCCGCCGUCAGCGGACCAAGCGGCUCACGCUCAAGGCGAAGAGGAAGAGCUGGAGACUCAAGGCCAGGACCAGGAGCCAGGAGGCCCUUCGGUUUCGGAUCCGCUGGAGGAAGCGCUGGAGGAGGUGCCGGUAAAGAUCAUCCCGUCCUUGCUGGCGCAGUGCCCCUCCCGGCUGGAGCGCAUCGACGAGGAAGCGAAGGAGGCCCGGGCCCAGGCCAAGAGGGAGUCCUUGCGAGCACGAUCCCGAGGCCGAGGCCACCGCUCCCCGGGCCGCACGCGCUCCCAGGGCGCCUCCCUGCGUGGAGCUCCGGCUCCCUACGCCGUCCCCGUCGUCCCAAAGCACCUCGUGGACGGACCACCGCGGCCGGAGCACACGAAGGGCAAGGACCCGAAAGGAGAGAAAAGGCGGCGCACGUCCGGACCAGGCGCGAACGGACCGAACGGCCCGAGCAGUGCAAGUGGCGCAGACAGCCCGGAGGAGGAGUUGAGCCCGGAGGAGGCGGCGAAGCUUCUCAGCUUCUUAGGUGAGGAGGGUGUCUCCGAGGGCCACGGCGAGGGGAGUGCAGCGUGUGAGCAAAUGUUGCACAGCAUCGAUGCCCUCUACACUCAGUUCAUGGCCGCUACCAGCGACACCGGUGUGAUGCCUGACGGCAACAGCUCUGAGGCACAAGCUGAAGGAGAUCUCGAGACCUUGGAGGGCACGGACGAGCCGUCUGGAGCUUCCGAGACUCAGCUUCCCCAGCCACGUGAAGGCGAGGAUCUGCUGGCCGACAUCGACCGGCUCUACUGGGAGAUGCUAGAUGCCAGGCAUGGGGACUCCCCAGACGAGGACUCCAUGCCCGCUGAGGAGACAAGCAAACCUGCAGAGCCCACGGUCUCUGCACCGCUCCCGUUCCCCUUGGAGGUGCCCCAGGCUCCAGAAACGCGGCCCCAGGCAGAGACGGACACGGAAGAGUUGCCGGCUUUGCUGGAGGAAGUGCUCUGGAGCGCCAUCCUCCUGACUCGAGGAGCUGCGGGUCGCAAGCUGGAGUCUGGCAUCGCAGAGGCGCGAUUGCUGCAGCUGCUGCCGCCGGCCCGCUUGGCCCAGGCCGCUUCCCUGGUCGCCUUGCCGAACAGCCUUUUGCAGCGCCUGGCGUCUGAGCUCCCAGAGGUGUGCGCCGCUCUGAAGGUCACGGAGGACCUGUGCCCUCCGGGCACAGAGCAGAGAGUGACGCUGUUCCACGCGGUUCGGGAGGCCCGAGAUCGCCUCUUGGAUUCUGCGGCUUCUGAGAGCGUGGCUGGGGCCUCCUCGCGGCCUUCGUCUGGAAGGCCUCUGCCAGAUUGCCCAAAGCCUGGUAAGUCGCAGCCUACGGCCUGCCUGUCAACCGCAGCGUACUGUAGCGGGUUUCCUCGCAGCAUGUCACGUCAUAUCAUAUGA